AUGGAAGUGUCGAGUAUAGCAGCCCUGUUCUCGUGUAGGUUUGGGAGUGGGGAGUACGGGCGUGACUGGGGGGACGGGUGCAAGUGGAUCUGUGUGGCCGCCAUCUGCUUCCUCUACUUCUCGAUCAUAGUCCCAGAGGUCACUUUCGGAGCUAACCUCAGCGACCUGACCCACAACAGUCUGAAAGUGGAGAUCACUCUGGUGGGGACAGGGAUGAGUGGGGUGAUAUUCGCUCUAUUUGGGGGGCAGCCUCUGCUCAUUCUGGGCGUCACUGGACCCCUCCUCCUCUUCGAAAAGAUCCUAUACGAGUUCGCCGAGUCGGCGUGGCCGGAUGACGAGGCCAAGUACUUGCAGCUGCGAAUGUGGAUUGGGGUGUGGACAUUUGCCUUCUGCUUCCUCCUCGCCAUGCUCGACCUCUCCUUCCUCAUCCGUCUCUUCACCAGAUUCUCAGAGGAGAUAUUCGCCAGUCUCAUCGGCGCCAUUUUCAUAUAUGAGGCGGUCAAGUGGCUAGUGCAUGUGUUUGCUGAGCGACUGUGCCCGAUGAGGGACUGUUGUGUGACCCAGUCAUUCGCAUUCAUGACCUCCAACUGUGUCCCAAACAACAACAGCAGACUGAGACGAGAGAAGGAAGAACAGACGACUCACUAUAAUGAGACUUUUCUCAGACUCAUACGAGAUCAUGACCCCUCUGGACUGGUAAAAAGUGAGAGCGGCAGAACAAGUGAGAGCGGUAGGACUGGUAUGGACAGUGGUGUGAACAUGGGCAUGUGUCCCCGGCAGAAGGACUCCUCCUACCUCAGCUGUGCCAUGGACUUCUUCCGUCCCGACGAGGCUCUCCUCGCCCUCCUCAUCCUCAUCACUGUAAUCAUUGUGGCCAUCGUGCUCGAGAAGUUCAGAAAGGGAUCCCUUUUACCCCUCAGGGCGCGUCUGGUGUUAGCCGAGUUCAGUCUGCCGGUUGCACUUCUCUGUGGCACCCUCCUAUCAAUUGUUUUUGCCCCCUUCGUACCGGUUGAGAGGAUGCACAUGGCGUUUCCGCCCACCUUCAGACAGAUCACUUUCGCCUCUUUCGGCUAUGCGCCCAUCUACGGGUUCCUGCUGGGAAUCUUCCUCACCAUACUCAUAUUCACAGAGACACAGCUGUCAGGAUUAAUAGCGACCCAGAGACGCAAUCGACUGACGCGGGUGACUGCAUUCCACGUGAACAUCCUCCUCCUGGGAUGCUUCGCACUCUCAAGUGGGUUCCUGGUCACACCAUUCGUAUGUGCAGACCCACUAAGAAGCUUCUACCACAUCAGGGCCCUGACGAUCUACUCUAAAGUGAAUGCCCCUGGGGAGACCCCUCGGAUUGUGAGGGUGCAGGAACAGAGGGUAACUGCAUUGGUGCUCAGCAUACUCACUGGUGUGACGGCGUUUGCGGAACUAUUUCUGCGCUACAUCCCCAUAGUGGCCCUGUAUGGAAUCCUGCUGUACAUGGGGUUGAUCACACUGUUGAACCUGGACAUGGUGAAGAGACUCAAACUCAUUCCGCAGAUGAGAGAGUACCAUCCGGACACAAAGUACAUUCGAGUGGUUCCCAUGCGCAAAAUCCAUCUCUACACGAUCCUGCAGGUGUCCUUAGCUGCUUUUAUCUUUGGGUCCAAACUGGUGCCCUACUGGCAGGUGGCCUUCCCUGUCCUCCUGAUACUCUGUGUGCCAAUCAGGAUGUACCUGCUGCCCAAGUUCUACACUGAAGAAGAACUGGAAGCGCUGGAUGGGGAAAGCGACGAAGAAGAUCACGAACAGAUGAGCGUGAAUGAGAAAACACACCUGCCGCCUUAAACGACUAGAAACAUCAACAAAC